AGUAAAAAUGAGCUUACUGGAUGUUAGUAACGUACAGCUAUAAACGCUCAGCGUCUGUCUGUUACGUCAGAACUGUGACGCUGGUCUCCUAGACGAUGGCGUCUUUAAAGAAACACAGAAUGCGAUCUCUCUGGCAGUAAAAAUGAGCUUACUGGACGUUAGUAACGUACAGCUAUAAACGCUCAGCGUCUGUCUGUUACGUCAGAACUGUGACGCUGGUCUCCUAGACGAUGGCGUCUUUAAAGAAACACAGAAUGCGAUCUCUCUGAACACUUUCUGUCUACGUCCUCGCAUUCGUUGUCGAGAUAGAUAAGUUCAAGGGUUAACAAGUGAACUGAUUACACCAGCAAUAUACAGUUAAUAUUACUUCUGGAUUUUGGAAACUAAAGAAAGAUGUAUGUCCGUAAACAGCCGAAGGUCGUCAUUAUUGGUGCUGGUAUUGCGGGAAUAUCUGCUGCAAGACGUCUGGUAGAUGCUGAAUUCAAAGAUGUUAUCAUACUCGAAGCUGCCAACAGAAUCGGUGGUCGAAUUCACACAGUUAAAUUUGGUGACGGUGACAUGCCGAUUGAAAUGGGGGCUAACUGGAUACAUGGACCUACGGUGCAGAAUUCAACAUUCCAAGUGGCCGAAACCAUAGGAGCACUACAACCAUAUCGAAUUAAUAACAGGAUGAGUGCAAGGUUCAUGAGAGAGGAUGGAACUGAAAUUAGGAGAGAAAUCGUUAAAGAAGCAGUUCAUAUUUAUAAUAAGGUGAUGGAUGACGUCUAUCGAACACUUCCCCGCGAGCGAAUUAAAAAUAGCAGAAUUGUUACCAUGGCACCGCUAAUAUAUGAAUGUCUAGACAAAGAAGUCAAGAAACUUGAACAAAAUGAAGAUUACAUUGAAGAUAUGAAAAGAGUAUUGAAUGCAAUGCUAAAUUACAGCAGAUUUCACGAAGGCGAAGAACUAGAAAAAGUAACAUGGGAAAAGGAUAUAGAAGAGUACAACGUUCCAGACGGAGGUGAUGUUCAUAUUCCAGGAGGGUAUGUACAAAUAUUAAAUCAUCUCAUGAAAACUGUUCCGAAGGAAUCGCUGAUUUUGCAAACUGAAGUUGUGAAUAUUAAUUGGGAGAAUUGUGAAAAUGAACAGCUCAAAAUUAAGACAAAAAAUGGAACUACAUUCACGGCUGAUCAUGUCAUUGUGACGUCAUCUAUCGGUUAUCUGAAGAAGCAUUGUGAAACGCUUUUCAAACCACUGCUGCCGGAAAUUAAAAUUGAAGUAUUAAAUUCUAUGGCACUAGGGCGGGUGGAUAAAAUAUUCUUGGAAUUUGAUACGGCUGUCUUGGCACCUACAUAUAGCAGCGUGGCGUUUGCUUGGGACGAUACAACGAUCGGUGGCGACAGCAGUAAAUGGUAUAAGCGUAUUUUUGGUUUUGACCAAAUUUUUACUAAGAACAAAACGAUUCUUGGAUGGAUAUCGGGCGACGGUGCAGAAUAUAUGGAAACACUAUCAGAUGAAGAAAUUGGGAAAACAUGCGUGCAACUUCUACGCCAGUUUUUGGGAAAUAAAGAUAUUCCCAACGCGAAAGCCGUUUUAGUUUCAAGAUGGUGUAGUAAUCCGUUUGUUUUAGGGUCGUACUUUUACCAAACGAAAACCAUGAUCCCGGGAGAACAGAAGAUACUUUCUGAACCACUGACUACGACAUCUGGUAAACCAGUGGUGAUGUUUGCGGGAGAGGCUUUGACUAAUUGCUGUACUCACGGAGCACGGGAUUCCGGAAUCCAGCAGGCAGAGAAGGUGAUAGAUCUAUAUCAAGGAAAAAGUCUAGAAGCAAAACUUUAAACACUCGGACUUUCUUGCAUACCAGACGGGGAGUUCCGGUAUCUUUACCGGUGCUGGAAAAAUCCAUCUUACACCCCGGGGUGUAAGAUGACUCUCGUGCUGUAAAUGACGUAUUACGAACUACAUAUAUGUAGAAUAUUUAUGUACUAAUAUAUAUUUUAUUUAAAAAAACGGAAUAAAAAUUCAAUACCUUGACAAUUCCUAUUGGUUCCUGAUAGUAUAUUUCUCGAUUCAAAUCACGUUAUUUUAUCAAAAAUUCAUAACGUUACGCUGCAACUGAUAAAACAAAACCGGAACUAAACAUUGUUAUUUGUUUUGAAACGUCAUGACGUCUUUCCUGUUUACGGACGUUGGUUUCCCGCGCUUUGUUUAAAUACACUGCCAUAUGAAAUAGUUCUAAAAAGAAAGCCGUUCGAUUGAUUUUAUUUUUAUUAUUAUUUCUUGAAAUCGGUAUGCAAGAAAAAGAUUCUGUCACUGGUUAUAGGUGCAGAUGGGAAUAUCCGGCUCUCGGGUAACUGUUUAGGCGGUAACUCGGCAAGAAGCCUCGUUACCGCCUAAACAGUAACCCUCGAGUCCGGAUAUUCCCAUCUGCACCUACAACCAGUGAAAGAAUCUUACAUUAUUCAGUAGGGAAGACUGGAUCUUGCAGCUGUACAAUUAGCAGUUGAUAGAACUGUUAUUUUGCACCAUAUCUGUUAACACGAUGUGUAAUUACAGCACAUCAACUAUUUGAAACCGUCUGACAUACAAAAGCUUAACUAAAGUUUUGUAAAUCUGAGCUAUUGAACCUGGCUGAGAGCGGUCAUUUCAUGAUGUUAAAAACUUAUGAACUGUUUGCCUAUAUGCAGAACUUUCAAUUAUUUCUGUAUUUAAAAAGGUACAUAAUUUGCUAAAUGUAAGCCAGUGUAACAUGAAACCUGUCAUGCAAGGUCUUCUCAUGAUGUCUAAGAUAGACGUGUGUUGAGUCUGAAAACAUUUAGUUUAGUAGUUUCUCAGUAAUGUGCUUAUAAUUAUGUAAAACUUAUCCAACAAAUUCUACGUUUAAAAGGGGCAUACCUUGUACAAACUGUAGUCCACAACAUUGAAACCUUUUUCUGUGAGAUCAUCUCGUGGUGCAGAAGAUUUAUGGCGGGUUUUAAGGCAUUCAGUCAAGCAGUUUUUUUAGAAGCCUGCUUACAAGCAAAACUCUAUGCUAAAAGUGGGACAAAAUAAAAUACAGUUACGUAAUUUGCCUCAUGAAAUCAUUGCAGGAUGGCAAAGACUUGGUUUUGGCUCUAAAAGUUUCCAGAUAAAACAUGCUUACACGCAAAACUAACCAACCUUUCUAAGUGAAAAGGUGGCAUAAAUCUGACAAAAUGAAGGCUACAUUUAUGUCACUUUUCAUGUGAGGUAACCAUAUAAUGCCGAAGACAUGUGUGUACUUUUUAAGCAUUAAGCCUGCUUUAAUGUAAAAUUUUGUGACGAGGACGCGACGUGAAUGAUAUGUUUCUUCACUGUGUCAUUUUAAUGACCUUUCAUAUUCUAGUUACACUAUUAUAUUGGGUUAAGUUUAGCUAGGUGUAUGUAAACAGAUAUGUGCUCUUCCGUGUGUCUGCACAAGUAUUUCAAAAACUAUUUGUAUCUCUUCCAGUUUCUGGAGAGACAUACAUGUAUAUAUUUGUUUGUCUUUGUAAAUAUGCUUUGCAUGCGUUGCUUAUGAUGUACUUUGUACAAGUCACAAUAAACUAUACGUUCUGUUC